AUGGCACAGGUAGCAGCAAAAGGUGGAAUUGAUUUUAUCAAUAGUUCAUUCCAGGCUAUCAAUACUGGAUAUGAUAUGGGAGUAAAAAUACGUAAUGAUAUUAUUAAAAAUAGAAUUAUUAGUCAUGUUUUUUCAUUUUUUAGUAUUGUUUCAGUUAAGAAAAUUUCAAAGAUUUUAGAUAAAAUGGAAGAAAAAAAAAAAUAUAAAAAAACAGGAUUAAUUGAAAAAUAUAGAAAUUUAAUAAAUGAAAAUAAUGAAUUUAAAUAUGCAUUAUUAUUAGAGGUUGGUUAUAAAGUUGGUACAUCAGGAAAAGAUACAAGAGCCUAUAGAUAUGUUAUGGGAUUUGUUCAAAUGUCAAAAGAUUUAUCAACUUAUCUAAAUGAUAAUGGUAUAAUUGAAAAUUUAAAAACCUACACAACCAUUCUAAAGGAUAGAGUUGGUGAUACCUAUGUGAAAACGUUCUUCCCAUCGAUUACAAAUGGUUGGUCAAGAAAAAAAGCAGUUGAAACAAAGAGUUAUAUUGAAGAGAUUGUUAUCAGUCAAAUUUACCUAUUAUUAAAAGGUUUAAAUCCAUAUGAUUCUUCAAUAUUUAAAUCGAUUUAUGAGACAAAUUCAAAAAGAAGAGAACAAAAUUCUGAGCUUCAAAAAGAUGUUGUCAUAUUUCAAUAUAUUGAAUUGGAUUCAAAUGGUGUUAGAUUCCAAAAGAUUUUGGAUAUUUUAGUUAAUAAUUUAGAUUUAGCUCAAAACCGAUCAGAUAAUUCUUUUAAUUUACAAACUAUGAUGAAUUCAAUUUUUGAAAAUUCAAUUUCAUUAAAUGAUGAUCAAGAUAAAAGAAAUAUUAAAAAUUUAUCACCAAUUCUUCCCAAAAUUUUCACAAAUUCUAAUAGUAUUCCAUCAUCACCAUCACAGUUAAAUGGAGCUUCAUCAUCAUCAUCACCAUCUCAACAACAAUUUAUUGAAACAAAAUCAUCAUUAUUACUUCCACCAAUAGUUAAAAUGCCAUCUUCACCACCAAUAUCACCACUUUUAAAAAAUUCUUCAUUAUUAAAUUCUUCAAAAGAUGAUAAAGAAUCUGGUGGUGGUGGUGCUAAUCCAAUUAGAAAUGCAGCCUCAACAUUAGAUUUAAUAAAGAAAUUAAAACAAAGUAAUUAUCAACCAAAUAUUACAAUAAUUAAACCAUUUAAAAUUUCAAAAUUAAAGAAAAAGACCUUUAUGCAAGAUGAAGAUAUUGAUGAAAUUGAAGAGAAAAAAAAUUCCAAUUUGAAUGAUAAUCAUAACCAUGGUGGUGAAUUACCAAUUCCAAAACCUCAAUUAAAAAUUAAUUCAUUGGUUAAAAGUUUCUUUUUAAAAUAUUCAUUAUUAGCAAAAUCAAUUGAUGAAUUUGAAAAUAAAGGAAUUCCAAAUAACUUUUUAAUCAUAUUUAUUAAUGAGUUAAUUGAAAGAUUUGAAAGCCAAAUUGAUUUCAAAUUAUUAUUUAAUCCAUCAGUAACACGUUAUAUGGAUAAUGAUUUAAAUUUAAAUUUUGAUUUUCAAAUGGAUGAUAUUGAUCCAUUAUCAAAACAAAAUUUAAAUUUAAAUCAUAUCAUUGAUAAAAAUGUUUUGGGUGAAAUUGUAAAUCCAAUUAUUAAUUGUUUGGAAAUUUUUAAAAAUAAAGAUAAAAUUAUUAAUUUUGAUAAAAAUAUUUCAAAUAUUAUUUCAAAUAUUUUAAUAUCAAAAUUUAAACAUCAAAAGGAAAUUAAUGAUAAAUUACAACAACAUCAAUCAAUACCAUUAGAUGAAACUUCAAAAUUAUUAGUUCAAUAUUCAAUUAUUAAUUUUAUUAAUCCAGUUAUUAAAGAAUUUUCAAAUUAUAUUAAAUAUAUUCAUUUAAAUGUUGUUUUUGAUUAA